AUGUCCUUGUACAGAAGUCCGUCACAGGCUAACAACGUCUACAAAUCGCCGUCAAUGAGCGCUUUUGGAGCUCCAUUCGGCUCCAUGUCUGUUGCUGAUCUCGGCAGUUUGACCAGACUUGAGGACAAGAUUCGUCUUCUUCAAGAAGAUCUCGAAUCAGAGAGAGAACUUAGAAACCGCAUUGAACGUGAACGUGCCGAUCUUUCUGUUCAACUUAUUGCUUUGACUGAUCGUCUCGAAGAUGCCGAGGGAACAACCGACAGCCAGAUUGAAUCCAACCGUAAGAGAGAAGGGGAAUUGCUUAAGCUCCGCAAGCUUCUUGAGGAGUCUCAGUUGGAGUCUGAGGAUGCUAUGAACGUACUUCGCAAGAAACAUCAAGAUUCUUGUCUCGACUACCAAGAGCAGACUGAGGCUCUUCAAAAGAAGAAUGCCAAGAUUGACCGCGAACGUCAACGUCUCCAACAUGAGGUCAUCGAGCUUACAGCCACCAUCGAUCAAGUUCAGAAGGAUAAGCAUCAAGCUGAGAAGGCUGCCGAGCGUUUUGAGGCUCAAACUGUCGAGCUCUCCAACAAGGUUGAAGACCUCAACAAGCACGUCAACGAUUUGGCUCAGCAACGUCAACGCUUGCAAGCCGAAAACAACGAUCUCCUUAAGGAGGUUCAUGACCAGAAGGUUCAAUUAGAUAACCUCCAACACGUCAAGUACACCCUCGCUCAACAACUUGAGGAAGCUCGUCGUCGUUUGGAAGAUGCUGAGCGUGAACGCUCUCAACUCCAAUCUCAACUCCAUCAAGUUCAACUUGAGCUCGAUUCUGUUCGUACUGCUCUCGAUGAGGAAUCUGCUGCUCGCUCCGAUGCUGAGCACAAGCUUAACUUGGCCAACACUGAAAUCACCCAGUGGAAGAGCAAGUUCGACGCUGAAGUCGCUCUUCACCACGAAGAAGUUGAGGAUCUUCGCAAGAAGAUGCUCCAGAAGCAGGCUGAAUAUGAGGAGCAAAUUGAGAUUAUGCUCCAAAAGAUCAGUCAGUUGGAGAAGGCCAAGAGUCGUCUCCAAUCCGAAGUCGAGGUUCUCAUCGUCGACUUGGAGAAGGCCCAAAACACUAUCGCCAUUCUCGAGCGCGCUAAGGAACAACUCGAAAGACAAGUCACUGAACUCAAGACCCGCAUUGAUGAGCUCAACGUUGAAUUGGAGGCUGCUCAACGCGAGCUCCGUGCCGUUACGGCCGAGCUCCAGAAGAUGAAGCACCUGUACGAAAAGGCCGUGGAACAGAAGGAAGCUCUCGCUCGCGAGAACAAGAAGCUCCACGACGAGUUGCACGAGGCCAAGGAGGCUCUUGCCGAUGCCAAUCGCAAACUGCACGAGCUCGACCUCGAAAAUGCCCGUCUUGCCGGAGAAAUCAGGGAGCUUCAAACCGCUCUCAAGGAAGCCGAUGCCCAACGUCGCGAAGCCGAAAACCGCGCUCAGCGCGCUUUGGCUGAGCUUCAAGCUCUUCGUAUCGAAAUGGAACGUCGUCUCCAAGAGAAGGAAGAAGAAAUGGAAUCUCUCCGCAAGAACAUGCAAUUCGAGAUCGACAGACUCACCGCUGCUUUGGCUGAUGCUGAGGCUCGUAUGAAGGCCGAGAUUUCUCGUCUGAAGAAGAAAUACCAAGCUGAAAUCGCUGAGCUCGAGAUGACCGUUGAUAACCUCAACCGUGCCAACAUUGAAGCCCAAAAGACCAUCAAGAAGCAAUCUGAACAACUUAAGGUUCUCCAAGCUUCCCUCGAAGAUACCCAACGUCAACUCCAACAAGUUCUCGACCAAUAUGCUCUUGCUCAACGCAAGGUUUCUGCUCUUUCCGCCGAACUCGAAGAGGCUAAGACUGCUCUCGAUAACGCCGUUCGUGCCCGCAAACAAGCUGAAGUUGACCUCGAAGAAGCUAACGGACGCAUCAACGACCUCCAAUCCAUCAACAACAACCUUACUUCCAUCAAGAACAAACUCGAGACUGAACUCUCCACCGCUCAAGCUGAUCUCGAUGAAGUCACCAAGGAACUCCAUGCCGCUGAUGAGCGUGCCAACCGUGCUUUGGCUGAUGCCGCCCGUGCUUUGGAACAACUCCAUGAGGAACAAGAACACUCCAUGAAGAUUGAUGCUCUUCGCAAAUCUCUCGAAGAACAAGUCAAGCAACUCCAAGUCCAAAUCCAAGAAGCCGAAGCCGCUGCCCUUCUCGGAGGAAAGCGUGUUAUCUGCAAGCUUGAGACCCGCAUCCGUGAUCUUGAGACUGCCCUCGAUGAGGAAACCCGCAGACACAAGGAAACCCAAAACGCUCUUCGCAAGAAGGAUCGCCGCAUCAAGGAAGUCCAACAACUUGUCGACGAAGAACACAAGAACUUCGUUAUGGCUCAAGAUACCGCUGAUCGUCUCCUUGAGAAGCUCAACAUCCAAAAGAGACAGCUUGCUGAGGCUGAAGCUGUUACCAUGCAGAACUUGCAACGAGUAAGACGAUACCAACACGAGUUGGAAGAUGCUGAAGGCCGUGCCGAUCAGGCCGAGUCUAGCCUUCACUUGAUCCGUGCCAAGCACCGUGGAUCCGUUGUCACCGGAAAGGCUGGAUCUAGCAAGGUUUACGUAAUGGAGGACGACUAUUAA